CUUUAUAGAUUAUGUAACGGAGGUUUCUGAAAGCUGGUGCACUUUGUUAUCAAAUUAAAAAUCUGGAAACAAAGAGAUCCGUUAAAACCGUUAUUGUCUGUACAAGGAUUAUGUGUAGGAAGUAUAUAACCAUGCGCGAAAACAAACGUUUGUCGUGAAAACCAAAUUAUUUGAAAAAGUGGAUAGUAAUCCUUAAGAGAUAUGCACUUGACUAAGAAUGCUUUAAUAUGGUCUAUAUAUAAUUUGUUUCAAAGAAGAAAAAGGAAAAUGAAGCGCAAUAUCAUAUCUUUGUCUAUAACGACUAUCAUUAUCACCGCUCUUGCUGUUCCUCUAACGAACGUGUAUCUAAAACGAAAGAGAAAUAACAAUUCAGCCGAUAGUGUCAUCUUCGUAAACACUGUCAAAAAUAAAUUAGCCGAGAAAAAAUUAAAAAGUGACGUGACUCAAAGUGAUGGAAAGGGAGAUGUUAUUGAACCAAAAGUUGAAGAUGAACAUCCUAAACGGCCACAUAUAAUAUUAAUUGUUGCCGAUGACCUUGGGUACAAUGAUGUCGGAUAUCAUGGUUCAGAUAUUCGCACGCCGAAUAUUGAUAGGUUAGCUUUGGCCGGAGUGAGGCUAGAGAAUUACUAUGUUCAGCCUGUAUGUACGCCAACGAGAAGUCAGCUCCUCACCGGCAGAUACCAGAUUCACACGGGAUUGCAACAUGGUAUUAUUUGGCCAAACGAGCCAUUUGGUCUGCCUCUAGAUAGCCCAACUUUAGCGGACAAGCUUAAAGAAUCUGGAUAUGCUACGCAUAUUGUCGGCAAGUGGCAUCUCGGAUUCUUUAAAAAAGAAUAUAUGCCUACAUACCGAGGAUUCGACAGUUUUUUCGGUUUUCUUACCGGUCACAUGGAUUACUUCACACAUAUUGCAUUACAUCAAAAAUAUCAUGGAUACGAUUUAAGGGAAGAUCUGGAACCUGCUGAUGUAAAUAAGUAUAAUGGAAGAUAUUCUACCCAUAUGUUUACUGAGAGGGUCGUUGACAUCUUGCAAAAACACAACAAAACUCAGCCAUUAUUUCUGUAUGUUCCAUUCCAAGCUCCGCAUUCUCCAAUGCAAGUUCCUGAUAACUAUAUCAGACAAAAAUACAUGGGAAAAACGAAAAGAAGAAUUUAUGCAGGGAUGGUUGCAUGUUUGGACGAGGCAGUUGGUAAUAUUACCAAAGCAUUGAUUGUAGAAGGAUUAUUGGAUAAUUCGUUAAUCGUAUUCACAACUGAUAACGGAGCCGAACGUGGUGGAUUUGGUAGCAAUGCACCACUUCGAGGUUACAAAAGUCAAUAUUUCGAAGGAGGUAUUCGAGCUGUUGGCUUUAUGUAUAGUAAAUGGCUACACGAGAAAAUGAUGGGAGCUAUAUCCACUGAACUGAUUCACGUGACUGACUUGUUUCCAACUUUGGUAAACCUUGCAAAAGGAGACAUAGAUAUAACACUAGAUGGAUAUGACCAAUGGGAUACUAUAAUUAAAAGGACGCCCAAUAAAAGAAGCGAAAUUUUGAUUAACAUCGAUCCACUGUCUAUAACUGGUAAACGUUUAUUUAACAACAGCUUUGAUACAAGAAUAAAAGCAGCAAUUCGUAUGAAUGACUGGAAACUAAUCACCGGAUAUCCAGCGCAGGGACCUCGCUCCAGACACUGGUCAGAGACGUUUCGUAAAGGAGCAGAAAAUGUAUGGUUGUUCAAUGUACAGCAGGAUCCCUACGAAACACUCGAUGUAUCAGAUAAAUAUCCAAAUGUUGUACAAACCAUGCUCGACAGAUUACAACAUUAUCAUAAAACCUCAGUUCCGACGAUAAACCAGCCUUCGGAUGUAAAUGCUGACCCAAAUUUGCAUGGUAAAUUUUGGGGACCAUGGUUGUAGGAUACCUCCUAAAUAGAUUGCCAGAGGUGUUCCGUGAUCAAUAUAGUAUCUGCCUUGGUGAAAACAACAACCGAUAAUGUUCAGAACAACGGCGUAGUUCAAAUUUAUAAGGAUUUGCUCGAAUAUUUCUUUUAUUUCUAACUGCAAACGUUUACUUAUUUUAUAUCUACAAACUAAAAUAUACCUUUUUGUCUUUGUUCUGUCAUGUAUACUAGCGUUUUUGAUUUUUGACAACAAAGAUGGGAACAUUGUUUUUUUGUUGUUUUUUGUGCUGACUGGCGAUCAAAUAGUUACUUAAUCUUUUAUGUAUUUUUAUAAUGUACGUUUAUAUGUAUUUAAUAGAUAGUAUGCGUGAAAUCAUCAUGUCACAUAUGCAGUGGACUAGUUUGAUUAAGUUAUUUGCUUAACAUAUAGAAGAUGCACAUCGAUCACUUUCAUAUCUACGUUUGUUACUACAUACUGAAAAUGGACAUUCAGCAAUUUUUAUUGUUUAUAGAUCCUGUAUGUUUUGUGAUUGAUAUUGCUACUGUGUGUUGUGUAUACCACACUUGCAAAGAAUUAUAUAUGUAUAUAAUUAUGCAGAUAAAACAAUUUUCAAACAUCGAAGAAUAUGUAAAAUGUAUACCGCAAAUAUUUGUGCACAUUAUAUUAAUAAAUGACUCAUAUGCAUUCAUUUCUUAUUGGAAAAACUGACUUAGAAUUUAUAGAAAAUAAAUUUCUAAUUAUCUCCCUUUAUUGACAUGAAAUGUUAAAUUCGGUAAAAUCUUUAUAAAUAAUGCAUAUUGGAACUUACAAUAUUGACAAAUCUUAAUUUGAGCAUUAUAUUUAUGAAAUAAAACCAUGAAAAAAUUGUGUUACAGGAUCUUUAAAGGGUAAUAAAAUUGAGAAUGCAACAAUCAUUGUUAUGUUGACUUCGGUAAGUCAUCAUUCGCGCUACCUCUUCAUGAAUUGCUGUAGGAAGACCAGUGUCAUUAGAUAUAAGAAAGCAUUCUUGAUUACUUCCUUUCAGACCGUAUAAUAUUGAAAAACAAUUGAACAAAUAAUAUUGUUCCAAUUUCAGUAUGUGAUUAAUUGAAACAAUGAUAUUUGUAAACGGUCAAACCUUAACCUGUAAAACUUUCACAGAAACAAGUGUAUAGUUUGUCUGAUAUAACAUUUACAAGGCAUGUGUUGUGUUAGACGAGUUUAAGUAAGAAGGUGGUUCCAGUAUACACCAAGUGUUUACUGGUUACAUUUUCGAAACCACUCUGAUUAAACACUUAUUUGAAAUUGUGACAAAAAACCUAGUUUGUUGCAGCAAAAUAUUCCUUCUCAUGUUUUGAUUUUGCUUGACAACUUGAUCCCAGGUAGAAAAGAAAUUUUCUAAGCUCAAGCUCAGAUCUCCAGCAUUUGAUUGGUCAGUAACUAGCUUUGAAUGGACACUGACCAACGAAAAUCCUGAGAUUUGAGACUAAACUUAAAAAAAAGUUUUAUAAACCUCAUGCAUUCUUGCUGAAUGUUCCUGUUGCAAAAACAAUACUCCAUGCCGACAGAAUAUGCCUGCUUAAACGAUGCUAUCCGCAUCAACUCAUGUCGCCAUGAAAUUAUGUGUAGGAAUUUGUUAACAAAGCGUGUAUUCAUUUUACAUGUAUUUCCAUGUAAAUUGUGUAUGAACGUCUAGGCAAUCAAUUUGUGUAACAAAUUUGACAUGCUUAGCUACAUUGGUUGCCUUUUUAUAUCAAUACAUUGCAAUUUAGAAAAGUAAAUGCAUAUUUCUUUUCCUUUCAAUUUAAGAAAUGGUUUUAUUUUCAGCAUUUGUAAAUCUAAUACCUCCAAGCGGUCUGUUAAUAUUAAACCAACAUAUAUCUCCAAAGAGGUUACAAAUGUUAAUAUAUUUUCCGCCGGUUAAGUGAAGCGAAUUAGGCGUUAAAUAAUUUCCUUUGGAUUGGAUAGAUCUUUUGAAUGUACCAAUCAGAAGUUGUUUUGUUUAAUUACGUAUGCACGAGUUACUGUGCAUUAUGAAUUGUAAUUGAAAGUCAUUCAGCUUUGGGUAUCGAUACUUUACAGUCGCAGUAAUUUUUAACAUGGAUUUAAUUUGUUGAUUAACAAAAGUUCGGGGAAAAUAUGUUUACUAGUAACAAUACGAAUGCUUACAUGUUUAUGGUUUAUAUAUAUAUUGGUAUUAGUUGUUUGAAUUGAUACUGUAUCAUUUAUGAAAGUGAUGGAUGUAUAUUUAUUAAUAAAUUUACUAGUAUACUGGUAUAUGUUUAUAUAUAUGUUUGUUGAAUUGUAAUGGAUUGUAAAAUCUUUACCCAAGUGCUCGAUACAAUAUAUACUAUAUAUUCAGAAUUUUGGUUU